AUGGGCAAAAAAAAGAAUGUAGAUAAACUUUUAGAUCUUUUAGAUGAAUUAAUUCAGUUAUCAGCUGAUCGUUUCAUGAGUUUAGGUGAUAGUGAGCAUUUUGAUAUUCAAGAAGAAGAUCAUGAGCAACAAUACAUUGUUCACCCUGAUGAUCUUAUUCGAGCAAGAGAUUAUUCGAAUUCAGUUUUAUUAAAGAUAAUUUCUACAGAAUUCAUUUUUCAUGAUGAUAAAGACGAUGAACGUAUCGAAAGAGCAUCUAGAAUUGUAGCUCACAUGUCUGGUAGAGGAGAAUUACUCGUUUAUCUCCAUGAACCAUGCUAUAUUGGUAAUGAUUUAGGAUUUAAAACUUGGGGUGCAGCACCUAUGAUGGCCAAGAAAUUGCUUCAACAGAACAUUAUACCCAAUAUUUCAGAAUGUUCUGUUCUUGAAUUAGGAACUGGCACUGGUAUGGUUGGUUUAGUAUGUGAUCAUUUGGGCGCUGCAGAAAUUCAUGUGACAGAUUAUCAUCCUAGAGUACUGGAAAAUGUGGCAUAUAAUAUAAAACUAAACAAAUCUCGAGCCAACGUUUCAAGAUUGGACUUUAUUGAAGUUGCCAAAUCAGUAAAUAGUAAUGAAUGGCAAAAUAUCAAAUUUGAUGUUGUGAUAGCCAGUGAUUUAUUAUAUGAAAUGGAACAUGCUGAAUAUCUUCCGAUAGCUGUAGAGAAAUUAAUGAAAAAUGACUUUUAUUUUAUGAUUCCUUUAAGAGAUACACAUUGGAAAGAAGUAAAUCAUUUCGAGACUAAAAUGGAAUCAUUAGGUUUGAUUUGCAGAAAAGUAGAAGAUUAUGAAAGAGAAGAAGAAGAAGGUCUUGUUCAAUUUAGAUAUUAUGAAUAUACAAGAUGUCUGUGA